AUGGUGGGGAGAAAUUCUCCGAUUCCUGAGCAAGUCGAGAAAGGAGUGAAAAUGGUGGAGAAAUUUCCGGAAGUCGUCGAACUUCCGACAGAUCGGUCUACCACAUCAUGUCCUCCAUUUGCAAUGCGUUUCACACGGAAACAAAUGAACUCGUCGCCAGGUUUAGAGCGGGUGACGCACCAUUCGUUCAAUUUGAGAUGGCUUCAUGUUGUCCUUUCAGGACUAAUUCACAAAGGAAAUGUGCCGCUGAAUGCGAAUGGUGUUGAUGGAGGAUCAAAGUGGCAUGGAAUGCAUGAGACACAUAUGCUGCUGAGUGAUGAAUCUCGAUUAGAUCAAUAA